AUGAUCUUAGGGAAUAAUAGUGUGGAUGAGAUGCCGGCUUUAAUUGGAUCGGGAAGAGGUAGUGUUAAGGUUAGAUACCGGAAAACUAAACGUGUGAAGGAGAAGAAUGAAGAAACUAUAGUUGUUGAAAGACGGUCGAAUAAUGGAUGUUUGACAUGCAGAGAUAGACACAAGAAAUGUAAUGAACAACGCCCAAUUUGUAGUGGAUGUCGGGAGAACUUCCUCAAUUGUGUCUGGAGGGAUCAUGAGGAGCAUCAGGAGGCAUCUCAUAUGUUUUUGAAUUUCCGUAUUGAUGAGUGGAAAGUGAGGAAGAAGCAUAAGAAAAGGACAAGUUAUUAUUUUGCUGCUUCGCCGAAGUUGAGUUUUUAUAACUUGACGACUUCGGAGGACGCUGUUGCGAUUGUUGACGAGGAAAAUGGUAGUCUGGAGAAGCUGGAAAGGUUCCCAACAGUACGGCAGCUUGGGGUGUAUGAUGAUGAUGAGGAAGAAUUGAACGUGGAAGAUGGAAAUGGCGAUUUUACUACGGAUGUUCCCACCACAGAUGUCCCGUUCCUCGAUGCAUCAACUAUAUGGCUCUCACGACAAGUGACCCCUCAUCUGACGGACUCAUUGCAGAUAUUGAAUUCAUCCAUCGAGAAAGCUAUCGAAGACUAUACGCCUAACGAUAUAAGCCCUGAAGUACGCGAAGAGAAUACUUUUUAUAAUUACUUGUUUGAUGAUACCCACCCUUUGGCACAGAAAUUUGACUCUGUUAUGAAAUCUUUGAACCGGGGAGAGUUUGAUGUGAUUCCAAAGUACUGUACAGAUGAGUUAUUUUUAUUGUACAUCGCAGUGAAACACUGGCUUGUUGGAGUUGGUCCACAGGAAACGCAUCCAUUAUUAACUACACAAUCUACAUUCACCAGAAAUUUCCAAGACAACCCAGUAUUAAAAGAAGUGUUUUUGUGCUGUGGGGCUACCUUUAUGGAAUAUUACGAUUCGGAAAUCUUUUCAAAGCUUUCUACAGAGUUGUACCAAAGUAGUCUCACCCUUAUCAAGAAAUACCUGGAAGAUAAUCCUGAAGAGAACAAUAAACCCUGGCUUUUGGCCUCAUAUCAGCUACUAUGUCUUCGGAACAAGACAGCUAUAAACUCGACAGUUAAUGAUUGUGUCCAAUGCCUCAGUAACUCAUACCAGGUGAUCAAAUCGCCUUAUUACCUCUCGAAGAUCAAAUCUAUCUCGACAACGAAGGAGAAAUACGUGGAAGAGCUUGUCUUGGAAAUCGAGCAUGAUACCUCUCUUGAGAAACCAGAGUUAGAGCCACAUGACAGAAUGUAUUUGGAGAGUUUCAUAUACAACUAUUCUGUUGCACUUCUUUGGGCUGUUGAUAUUUCAAAGUUGCCGAAUCCGUAUAGUGUUUAUGAGGUUCUUGGAAAAUCUCUACGAUGUUUCAUUUAUCAAUGUGAUUUCAGGUGGAUGAAUAACCCAGUUGUCGGUGCAUCCUCUGAAGCCUUCGAAAUAUUGGCCAAAGUCUCAUAUAUUGCUAGGUUACCUUUGCCACUUGAGAAGAAUGGAAUUUGGUAUAAAAGAGCUUUACAACUUCAAAAACAGGCAUACUAUCAUACCCCAAGCAUACUACCAAACCUUGAUCAAGCAAAAAUUGGUGAAAAAAUGUACAACAGAUGCAAAGUGAAUCUUCUUGUCGGUGAGAUUGUUGCCAAAACGUCAUUUCUCUUAAUAUCGAAAGUGAUUGAAUACAAGAAAUUUGACAUUUUAUCAUGUCAAAAGUUAGUAUCUGAAAUCGUAAGAAAUAUCGAAAAGAUUCCUAAGGGUGAUCUGAUAUGGGCUAUUCUCACAUGGUCAGUGAUCGUAUGCGGAGUCUUUGCCACAGAAACUGAAAAUCAAAAAAAGCUUCUUUCAUUCCUUGACUACAUAAGAGAUAAGUUCCAUAUGUUGCACUUGUUCAACUCCAAAAUAUUUCUCUUCAAGGCUUGGGAAUUACCAAUUAAUGACAGGUUGGAUAUUUUGUUUGACAGGGAUAACCUGACCAGGGUCAACGCUUAG